UCUGUUCGUGGCGGCGGUUCACUGCGAACGGAACGGUUUGACUCUACUCAGCGGAGAAACGCGUUUGGCUUCCAUUGAAAACUUUGUCCAGCGGGUGAAAUCUACGACAAAAGCAACAAAUAAAGCAGAAACAACGAUUGCAAAGUGCAUGCCAAAAAAGAAAUAUAAAUACGAGCAGUGUAUUGUAUUGUAUUGUGUGGGUAGCAAAAGCGGCGUAAACUAAACACAUGAAACGUAAAUAAAUGAGGCCAAUCGAAAAAGGAGAGUCGCGAAUUAUGGCACAAUAUUGUCUAUAAAUAAAGUGUACCCGCCAAAGCCAAAGCAAAGCUAAGCAAAGAAAAAGCGAAACAGAGAAAGAUAAAGAUAAAGAAAACGAAAACCGAAUUCCAAUCCCAAAAAUAUAAGCCCCAAAUCGAAAUCCAAAGAACAAAGGCAAGUUCAGUGCAGUUCGGUUCGGUGCGGUUCGUUGUGGGUCAAGUCAAGUGAAGAACGAAAGUUCGAAUCGUCUUCGCAUCGUCUUCGCAUCGCCGGUGAGAGAUUGUGUGAAAAGCAAAAGAAAUAUUGAUCGUUUGUGAAUUAUUUUUGGACAGGUCAAGCCGACUGACGACUGACGACUGCCGACUGCCACUUGCCCGUGGAACUGGACGAUCCAGAGGCAGAACGUCACCAGCAAUUAUGACACAGCAGCCGCCAUGGCCGAGUCCCAGGGGAAACUGCAGGCUCAUCGCACUCAUGUUGCUCGCUCUUCUCGCAGCUCUGUCGAUGGUCCCAGAGGCUGGAGCACUCCCCUUCCUUUUCACACGCUUCAGGCCGCAGAUAAACUGGACGCAGCCGCGGAUGGAGCGCUGGGUGAUUGAGGAGCAGCCGCGGAGCAUUGAGCCGCACCUGGAUCUGGUCAGCCAUCCGAAUCGCAGCCACAGUGCGGCCACAUCUGGCGAUGGCUCGGAUGCGGAGUUCCUGCAGCGCCUGGUCAACAUCAGGCACAAUCAGACGUCCACAUCCCGCAUGCUGUGGUACGAUGUGGGCUCUGGCGAUGGCCUCGUGUAUCCGCCGUUUGUGGACAAGGCACUGAAGCUGCUCAAUCUCAAGCAGGUGGCGUUCGAGAUCGAGAACAGUGUGAUGUCGAAGGUAACGUGCACGGCCUGCCGCGCCGGAUCCGGGAUGCUGCAGCACCAGAUCCAGUCGGGCAAGACCGACGCGGAGCUGAUCCGCAUGAUCUCAGACUAUUGCACCAACCUGAACAUCCAGAGUGCGCGCGUCUGCCAGGGCGUGGCCCAGCUCUUCGGCAGCGAGCUGAUCUACGUGAUCAAGCGGGUGAACCUCAGUCCCGACGAGCUCUGCAGCUUCAUCAUUGGCGACGGCUGUGGCGACGUCUACAAUCCGUACCACGAGUGGGAGGUCAUCUUCCCGCCGGUGCCCAAGCCGCCGCGUCUCGCCGACCUGCCCAUCCCAAUGGAGGCGGCGCCCUUCUUCAAGGUGCUGCACAUCUCCGACACCCACUACGACCCCCACUACGCCGAGGGCUCGAACGCGGACUGCAACGAGCCCCUCUGCUGCCGGCUGAGCAGCGGAAGGCCCGCCACACCGAAUGCGGCUGCCGGCAAGUGGGGCGACUACCGCAAGUGCGACACCCCCAAGCGGACGGUGGACCACAUGCUGGCCCACAUUGCCGAGACCCACAAGGACAUCGACUACAUCCUGUGGACCGGCGACCUGCCGCCCCACGAUGUGUGGAACCAGACGAAGGAGGAGAACCUGGCCAUCAUCAAGGAGACGGUCAAGCAGAUGGUCGAGAAGUUCCCCGGCAUUCCCAUCUUCCCGGCCCUGGGCAACCAUGAGAGCGCCCCAGUGAACAGCUUUCCGCCGCCGUACGUCAACCAGGUGGACAUCUCCAUCAGCUGGCUCUACGACGAGCUCGACGUCCAAUGGCGACGCUGGCUGCCCCAGAGUGUCACCCACACGGUGCGGCGUGGCGCCUUCUACUCGGUGCUGGUGCGCCCCGGAUUCCGCAUCAUCUCGCUGAACAUGAACUACUGCAACAACAAGAACUGGUGGCUGCUGCUCAACUCCACGGAUCCGGCCACAGAACUGCAAUGGUUCAUUUACGAGCUGCAGAGUGCAGAGUUCUCCAAUGAGAAGGUCCAUGUCAUAGGCCACAUACCGCCCGGACAUUCGGAUUGCCUGAAGGUGUGGUCGCGCAACUUUUACAAGAUAAUUUCCCGCUACGAGAGCACCAUCACUGCCCAAUUCUACGGCCACACGCACUACGAUGAGUUUGAAAUGUUCUACGACCCCCACGAUCUGAAUCAUCCCAACAGCAUUGCGUACAUAGGACCUUCUGUGUCGCCGUACUACGAUCUGAAUCCUGGCUACCGCGUGUACUAUGUGGAUGGGGAUCACGACUCGACGACGCGUCUGGUCAUCGACCACGAGUCCUGGAUAAUGAACCUGAAGGAGGCCAAUCUGUAUGGCUAUCCCAUCUGGUACAAGCUGUACACAGCCCGAGCUGCCUACAAUAUGAAGGCCCUGCGGCCCAGCGAUUGGAACAACCUGCUGAACGAGCUGACCAACAAUCAGGAGCUCUUUGAGCUCUACUACAAAUAUUACUGGAAAAACUCGCCGGCUCGGCCAACCUGCGAUGCCGAGUGCAAGAAACGUCUGAUAUGCGAUUGCAAGAGCGGACGCUCGCACGAUCGGAAGCACUUCUGCUCGGAUGUCGAGUCCAAGAUCGAUGAGGAGUCCUCCAAGUCCUGGAAGUCGUGGUUCUAUCGCGGACUGACCAAUUCCUAUAGCCUGCUCUCCUCGAUCACCUAUCUGCCCAAAUACCUGCUGGGAUAUCGCUGAGCUGGUCCCAGAGUCAACUGCAAGUCAAUGCAAGUCCAAGCGGAAACAAAAGCCUACUGAAUAAGUUUACUAUGUGAUAAUUAGUGCUUAAAACUACAACUACACUUAAGCUAAGAAUAUGUUUACUCGAUGUCGUCACAAAGCCCCGCCCUCGAACCACAAUUAUGCUCCUACAGCCCCCACCCCCUCCGAAGGACAAAACUGAGUCAAUGAACAAUAGUCAUUUAAAUUUAAUUGAACGAGUCGUCGUUGAUCGUCGUUGUUUUUUGUUGACGUUGCUAUUGCAUUGUGGGCGUGGCAAGGUUCGCCUUUCUGCGUAAUGGAAAUUGUUGAACAAAUAUAUUGUAUAAU